UUAGCAGUUAUAUGAUGAUCAUUUUCUUUGGAGCGGGUCAAUAGAAACGGAAUGCUACCAAAGAUGACACUUCACACGUUCACGUUCCUUCUUUGCUUACUGGUGUUCGUGCAAUGGUCGUGUUUAGUGGAAGGGUCUCACUUCAGACAUGCCUUCAUGAGCUUUGCUCCGACUGAUGCUGAUAACAACACGAUUCGGUUUACCUUCCGUCUGGCUUUUCGAAGGUCAUUUUUUUCGUACCGCUGCGAUGAGAACACAACUAGCAUAGGAGGAAUUAUUAGACCUGGAGGUUCUUGGGGAGCUAAGUGCAGCGAUCCUUUCAGUGCAGUGUGUUGGCAGACUACUUAUAUCGCAGACACUGGCUUCCGCUGUACCGACUUUAGUCGCGAUGAAGACUGGUCCAUGGGGGAAAAUAAUUUUACCUACACUUUUCCGUCUAGCAACCUAGAGUGGACUGUGAGUUACCGAACUUGCUGCUGGAUUUCCAAUCUUGUGCGAUAUGCUAGCUCGAGCUGGUUGAUAUCUACCAAUAUAAGUCUCUCUAAGCGAUCAGAUAACGGAAAAAUCAACUCAUCGCCGGUCUCCAAGAGCCCAGCUAUUGUACGGUUUCAAAAGGGCUGUCAAAAGUCUCUUAAAAUCCCAGUUGAAGAUCCAGAUGGUGAUUCUGUGAAAUGUCGUUGGGCAACCCGCGCCGAGUCCUUCAUAUCAAGAGAUAGUUUUCCUUACGGUGAACUUGAUGAGAAAAACUGCGUUUUAACUUACAGAGGUGGAAGUGGAGCAUCGGGCACCUACGCAGUAACCUUAACUUUGGAAGACUUUCCAGCUGGAACCACCAACUUUAACAACAUCAGACCAUUCAGUGCCGUGCCACUGCAGUUUCUUGCCAUAAUAAGCGUUGGGUCUGGUUCUUGCCAAGACAUACCAGUUUUUACUGCCUCUACACCUCAAAAUGGUGAAUGCUCAGAGAUUCAGAUUGGGUCGGUAUAUAGAGCAGUGGUUGAGGUGCGGCUUUCAAACAUUGCUAAACAUAUUGUUGAGAUAACGACAAGCUCUCCAAUUGGGAUGCAACUGACUCCACUACGCUUUCAUGGAGGCAUCUUCUACAGGAAUGUCACUUGGUAUCCGAAUCAGAACCAAGUUGGGCAGCAGUUGUUCUGUUUUCAAGCCUUGGAUUCAGACGGAUUACAAAGUGAAUGGCGUUGUGUCACAAUCCUUGUGGGGCUGAGUAAUACGCCUCAUGUUAUUUUGGGUACACAAAGGCCAAGAAGCCCUAUAAGUGAGAUUGGAACAGGACUGAUAUGGUGGAGUAUUCAUUUUGACAGAGUGAUAAAGAAGCCUCGUAGCUCAGCAUUCAUACGACUGGUUCUGCAAUCAAAUGGUUUUACCGUCUUCAAAGUGAAUGCCCUCUCCGGUUACGUCAUUAUCGACAGUAAUCGCACAGCACUGCAUUUUGCCACGCCCAAGGCUGCACUGAGUAUGAAUGGUUCAUAUGCCAUCUUGAUAGAUCACGGUGCAGUAGUUGGACAAGGCUGCUCAUAUGAUGGUCCACCAACGCCUGGUAUAACCUCACCCAAAGACUGGGCUUUCCCUGUAGAUGGUGCCUGCCCUGUUGGUUAUGCUUUGGCUCCUCCAAGUUUUCAAAAGUGUGAGGAUAUAGAUGAGUGUAGGGGACAUCAUCGGUCAAAACGAUCUCAUUGGUGGUGGCCAUAUACCCAGACUUCAGCCAUCUCUUCAAGGAUAACACCUACUUCAACUGGCCCAUCUGCAUCCGUUAGCGCAGCUCCUUCACAAUCUUCAGAAUGCUACAACCAUUCUUACCUACAAGAUGCAGAAAGAGGGAUGGGUCAUUAUAACGGCUAUUACGGAAAUGUAGAUUGUGAUUAUCACACUUUACAAUCUGGAUGGUACAGAUUUCUUGGUGCAGCGGGAACAGAGAUGCCAACGUCCUGUGUAGGAAGAUAUCGAUGCGGCACUAGCGUAACGGGUUGGUUAAAUGGCCAGCACCCGUCGGUGGCUGAUGGAAUUGUCUAUGUUCAAGUGUGUUUUCACUGGUCCUCAAGUUGCUGCUUAUGGUCUACUUACAUUCGCGUUCGUAACUGCAGCGGUUUCUACGUGUACGAGCUUGUACCCUUAUCAAUUUGUGACUCUCGUUUUUGUGGAAAUGGAGGAGGUUAUCACUCGUUGACGUCUACCACUAUAGCACCCUCGCCAGCAUCCACACAGCCGACGGCGACAGCAUCUAUGUAUGUUUUUGGGAAUGUUCGGCUGGCUAGCCUCAACAAUUCGCUGUCAUCUGGUCGUGUUGAAGUGCUGUACAAUGGAAUAUGGGGAACCAUUUGUGACGAUCUUUGGGACUUACAGGAUGCUAACGUAGUUUGUCGUGAGCUUGGAUACGAUGGAGCUUUAUCAGCACCUCGUAAUGCAGCAUUUGGGCGAGGAACUGGUCCAAUAUGGCUGGAUGACGUGCGAUGUGUGGGAAAUGAGACAUCAAUAUCACAGUGCGACCACAGAGGAUGGGGAGAUCAUAACUGUGGGCAUAGUGAGGACGCUGGUGUGGUUUGCCGACCUAAAGCUCUUCACUCAACUAGUAUCGCACCUACUCCCUGUAAGUAUCUUUCCUUUAAUAUGAAUUUUUAA